AUGUCCAAAGCAGUCAAGAUUAGCGGCAAAUUGGGCCUCGGCACCAUGUCCCUCACAUACAAGCCCAACCCACCACAAACAAAACAAUCGAUCGAAGUCCUCAACUACGCAGUCAACGACCCAGAUGUCAACGUGAGGUUCAUCAACGGCGCCGAUUUUUACGGCCCCAAGGAUGAUAGAAGUGCCAAUUUGAGAUUGCUCAAGGAUUUCGUCGAUAGAAACAAACCCGACUUGAAUCAGCAACUCGUGCUUUCACUCAAGGGUGGCUUGGAUUUCAAGAGUUAUGCUCCUCUCGGAUCCAAGGAAGGCAUCGCCAAGUCCAUCGAGCGAAUUGCUUCCGUCUUCCCGCAAAAAGAAGGAAGACCCAAGAUUCUUUUCGAGUUGACGAGAGUAGAUCGCAAAGUGCCCUACGAGGAGUCCAUUGCCUAUAUCCAGGAUCACGUCGACGAGGGCACAAUUGAUGGAAUUUCACUUUCGGAAGUUGGCAUAAACUCCAUCCAGAAGGCGACGCAAGUUGCCCCUGUGUCAUGCGUCGAGCUUGAGUUGUCAUUGAUAGCUCAGGACGUUAUACACAACGGUAUCCUCGCUGAGCUUUCGCAGAAGCAGAUCCCAUUGAUUGCAUACUCGCCCAUGGGUCGAGGACUAUUGAGCGAUUUUGCAGUUGAGAAGCCCGAUCGGUUUUUAGAUAGUAUCAAAAACAACAAGAGCGACGUUAGAAACAACUUGGACAAGUUCAAACCGGACAAUUUCAAACAUAACCUCGUGGCGUUGAGGCAGCUUUACAAUUAUGCGCACGAAGUCAAGGGAACGAGUUUGCAAGGCCUUGCACUCUCGUGGCUUCUCAAGCUCUCCCAGCAUGAGAGUUUCAAGGGCAUUGGAGACGUUACCAAGAUUGUUCCCAUUCCCUCUGCUUCAACUAAGCAGAAACUAGAGUCAAACUUCAGCAGCAUUGUGGAGUUGACUGAUGAAGACUUGGAUAUCGUUGACCAGAUCUUGAGCGAGCACCCAAUUAAAGGGUUGCGGUAUAACAAGAUGUUGGAGAAAACCCUAUUCGCAUAG